CCCGGGCCAAAAAAACACAAUGGACUUGGCCUUGCUUUGCCGGAGAUGGCGAACGAUGCUGCAAACAUAAAGGAGCUUGAGGCAUGCCGAGAUAAGCUCCAAGCUUGCCGCGAUGGGUCUGGCAAGACGGACGGCAGUUGAGCUGUGCUUCUUACGCAUAUACUAUAUUUGUCAAUUCGUCUAUAAAAUCACUCGGGGGUUCAUUGAUUGGCUAUAUAGCAAAGCAACUGUUCUGCAGAUUUGCUUCCAUCCAAACCAAAAGUGUUUGCGUUAGCAUGUCGUCUUGGCAGGAUGCAGCGAGUAUUGUGUCAAUCUUUCGCGCGAUGUCAAAGGUGAGCGUCAGCGUGCAGUCUCUUCGAGCCACUGGUGUUGCGAAGGAAGCCAACCAUGUUUUCUUCAGAAACAAUCCAGACAUCCAGGUGAGGGAAGCCUGCGCCAAGCUGAUUGCAUCCUGGAAGGAAAUAGGUUUGGCAAAGCGGCCAGCAACACCACCGGUUGCGGAAACUCUCCCUCCUGCGCUUGCUUCCGGAAAGGGUGAAGAGGAAGCGCCAAUGAAGCCUUCCAAGGAGAAGCGGACAGCAGAUGUGACCAAGCCGGACAAGACGGAAAAGGCGAAACGAAGCAAGAAAACAGAGGAGAAGGUUGGCGAUACACCCAACGCGGAGCUUGCUGCACAAUUUAAAGAACUGGCGAGUCACGAGUUCAAGAAGGGGGGGACGAGCAAAUUUGCAGGCAUCGCCUUCAACAAGGUGGUUGCAAUUCUGAAUGGCUUAGAACAGAAGGUAACUUCUGGAUCAUCUAUUGCGCACUUGCCCGGGAUUGGAAAGGAGACUGUGAAGAAGAUCGAUCAAUAUUUGGAGAAGGGAAUCAUAGACAAGCUCGAGAGGAUCCGCAAUGGUGAGGAAGAUUAGGUGCCAUUUCUGCCAUGAUCGUUUAGCAUUUGCAUUCCUGAUCCAACCUACACAGCAGAAGCUCUGUGGCUUACUUGUUGCAGAGCCUGAAAAGAAUUAUAGCUUGCAUCAGUCAAAGUUCUUCAUACAGUCAGUGCUGUGG